GAGAGAGAGAGAGAGAGAGAGAGAGAGAGGAAGUCCCACUAUCCCUCCAUCCAUCUUACUAUCCAUCCGGUAGCGUAUUUGCAUCCCAGAGCUGCACGAUUUUGGUUUGGAUCCACCAGGAUGUGAGGUCAGCAGAGAGGUGUCAUUCCGGGAAAAAGUCUCUUUGGAAUAUAUAUGUGUGUGUGUCCUGUUUGGGAAUACUCGUCUGUCUGAUAAUAAGGACUGAACUGGUGUGAGGACAGAAGUUUUACCAGGACCAGGAACUCAUCACUAUCCUUUUUUUCCAGCAUCCUGUAAAUCCAAAAGAGGGAGUAUGGAGGAGAGAAGUGGAUGAUGGGAGGAGGAGAAAUAGGAUUAUUAGGUGUAGGAAUAUGGCGAGGCUCCGUUGUGAGUCCUGGUGCGCAGAAGUGACCUUUGACACUGGAGACAAGAGCUUUCUACACUCUAUUGUAUGCUGGGAGAAGCAGCUGAGCUGACAUCAAAUCAUCUGUCAGACACCUUUUAUUUCUUAUCUUUCCUUCCAGCCCCACAUGUGUCAAAGGGAAUGGUUUUAAAGCUUUGACCACAUGACAUAAGUGCAACAAUUGCUGGAUUGAUGCAGAUUGUAGCAGCUGUAGGGAUGAACCUUUGGAGCUGGGGAAACGCCGGGAAUGCCAAUAAAUCAGACAGAAGUGGGCCGCGGAGAGGGAGGCUGAUGAUGCUGCUAUGGAUUAUCCUCUCCAGCUCACUGUGCCUGAUGGUCGACGGCCAGAUGAAGAUCUCACCAGAAACGGUGCAACAGUGGGCUGUAUCCUUUGGCAAAGAAAUAACCGCCCUGUCCGCCAGAUACUCUGGAGCUAAACUGCUGCAGAAGAAAUUCAAGGAUAUCGAAGGUGUGGUGAAGAUGGUGGAGGUGGACGGAGAGGAGUUAGUAAAGAAGUUCGCUGAGGAGAUGGAGGAGAUGCUUGGGAGGAAGAUGAAAUCUGUGAAGAGAUUAGCAGAAGCGGCAGAGGAUGCUGAUCUUUACCAUGAGUACAAUGAAACACUGGAGUUUGACUACUUUAACUCCUUGCUGAUCAAUACGGUGGAUGAAGAUGGGAAUCCAGUGCCGCUGGGAGGAGAAUUCCAACUGGAAGAAAAUGAACAUUUCAAUAAACUGCGAGUUAACACAGACCAGAGUAACAUACAAGUCCCUACUAAUGUCUACAACAAAGAUCCAGAUAUUCUGAACGGAGCCUAUAUGUCUGAGGCUCUGAAUGACGUGUUCACUGAGAACUUCAGGAAAGAUCCAACUCUCACCUGGCAGUAUUUUGGCAGCGCCACAGGCUUUUUCAGACUCUACCCAGGGAUCAAGUGGACUCCGGAUGAAAACGGUGUGGUCACCUUUGAUUGCAGAAACAGAAACUGGUAUAUCCAGGCAGCCACUUCUCCCAAAGAUGUGGUGAUUGUGGUGGAUGUCAGUGGCAGUAUGAAGGGACUCAGACUCACCAUAGCCAAACACACCAUAAAUACAAUCCUGGACACACUGGGAGAAAAUGACUUUGUUAAUGUCAUAGCUUACAGUGACUAUGUUCGCUACGUGGAGCCCUGCUUCAAGGGCAUGCUGGUUCAAGCUGAUCUGGAUAACAGAGAGCAUUUCAAGCUUUUGGUUGAUGAGCUUCAUGUCAAAGGAGAAGGCAGAGUGAAAAAUGCUAUGAAGGAAUCUUUCAAGAUCCUCAAUGAGGCUGCAGCGCAGGGCCAGGGCAGCCUGUGUAAUCAGGCCAUCAUGCUGAUUACAGACGGAGCCAUGGAGGACUUCCAGGAUGUUUUUGAAGAGUUUAACUGGCCAGAACGGCGGGUUCGAGUGUUCACCUAUCUGAUUGGGCGAGAGAUGACAUUUGCGGAAAAUGUUAAAUGGAUUGCUUGCAACAACAAGGGUUAUUACACACACGUCUCCACACUGGCUGACGUCCAGGAAAACGUUAUGGAGUACCUCCAUGUCCUCAGUCGGCCAAUGGUCAUCAACCAUGAUCACGACAUCAUCUGGACUGAGGCUUAUAUGGACAGUGUGCUGUUCAACACUCAGGCCCAAAGUCUGCUCCUGAUGACCUCGGUGGCCAUGCCUGUGUUCAGCAAGAAGAAAGAGACUCUGUCUCACGGGAUUCUGCUCGGAGUGGUAGGGACUGAUGUGGCUUUGAGAGAACUGAUGAGAUUAGCGCCAAGAUACAAGCUGGGUGUCCAUGGUAUGCCUACUCACUCACCAAUAACGCGCUACAUCUUGUCUCAUCCUGACCUACGACCUCUGGUACGACAAAGAUUUAUAGGAGGGGAAAAGCUAAAGCCCAAACCCAACUAUAACAGUGUUGAUCUGUCAGAGGUAGAAUGGGAAAACACUGAGGAGAAACUGAGGACGGCCAUGGUUAAAGGAGAAACUGGCACGUUGUCCUUAGAUGUAAAAACUUCAGUCGAUAAAGGAAGGCGAGUGAUGUUCUUGAAAAAUGAUUACUUCUACACCGUCAUCAAUGAGACACCAUUCAGUCUGGGUAUAGUGUUGACUCAGGGAUAUGGACAAUAUAUCUUCAUUGGAAAUGUCUCUGUGGAGGAGGGUCUUCAUGACUUAGAGGCUCCAGACCUGAUCAUAGCCAGCGAAUGGACCUACUGUGAGACAGACAUUGAUCCAGACCAUCGUAAGCUGACGCAGCUAGAGGCUGUGAAGCGAUACCUCACAGGCAAAGAUGCAGAUCUGGAAUGUGAUGCACUGCUGAUAGAACAAACUCUAUUUGAUGCUGUGGUCACGGCUCCUAUGGAAGCUUACUGGACAGCUCUAAUGCUCAACACAUCUGGUGUGGACGAGGGGAUAGAGACAGCGUUCUUGGGGACUCGUUCGGGCCUGAUGAGAUUCCAGAGAUACACUGGUAUUGAGAAAAGAACUGGCAAGUCUUUCCUGACCUCCGCAGACAAGGAGAAUAUGUUCACGUUGGACCAUUUCCCAGAGUGGUAUCGCAGAGCAGCUGAGUACCCAGCUGGACAGUUUCUAGUUGGCAUCAGGUGGCACGAAGGCCCAGGGAGGAUAGCAAUUGCUACCACUGCUGUCACUGUUACGGUGGGGAAGAAAACUGCCAUCGCUGGAGCCAUCGGUGUCCAGGUGACUUUGGACAUGAUGGAGUCCAGAUUCUGGGCCAUUGCAGCACAGCCAAAUGACACAGACUGCUCUAAUGUAGAUGGGGUGUGUCCUCUUCGGUGUGACAACUUUGAUAUUGACUGUUACGUGAUUGACAAUAAUGGCUUUGUCCUAAUUUCUAAACAGCGCAAUGAUGCCGGAAGAUUCUAUGGCGAGAUUGAUGGAUCAGUGAUGACCACACUAAUCAGAAUGGGCAUGUUCAAAAGGGUGUCCUUGUUCGACUACCAGGCCAUGUGUAAGAUGAACUCGCACUCAGUCAGCAGCGCCCGUCCUCUUCUAAGUCCGUUCUAUGGUUUGGCUUCAGCCCUCAAGUGGUUCCUCUCCAACUUCCUACUGUUCCUCCUGGAGUUUAAUAUCUGUGGCUUCUGGCACACGGAGCAUUUCGCUGAUGCCAAGACAUCUUUCACCGUGUCCUCGGCUCAUAAGAAGAAAGGGGACAUCCUGCAGCCGUGUGACACUGAGUACCCCAGCUUCGUCUACGAGCCGUCAGUCAAAGAGACCAACAGCAUUAUUAAGUGUGGACGCUGCCAAAAGAUGUUUGUGGUGCAACAGAUACCAGAGAGCAACCUGUUGAUGCUGGUGGUGCAAGCAGACUGUGACUGCUCCAGACAAUACCCACCCAUCACCAUGCAGCCCAAGGAAGUCAAAUAUAAUGCCUCAGUGAAGUGUGACAGGAUGAGGUCCCAGAAGAUUCGCCGGCGCCCAGAGUCCUGCCAUGCCUACCACCCCCAGGAGAACGCCAAUGACUGUGGAGGAGCUUCUGUUAUAUCUCUCUCUGCCUCGCUCUUCAUCACCUGUCUCUCCUUCUCGGCACUUGUUUCCUGAUGACAGACAACUUUGAUGUUUCACCUAUUCUCAUAUAAAGGAGGAGAUUGUAAUGAAUCAAUACGUGUUUGGACACUGGACACCUCAAGUGGAUUUUUUUUUUCGAAACGUACCUAAUUAUGUACAUUUUGCUCAUGACAACCACAAACUUAGUCUCUAAUGACGGACCUUUGAUGUGGUUUUUGAGCAUUUAUUGAUUAUAUACAUCUGACCUGAAAACUGCAAAGGAAGCAAGUUAAUGGGCUGUUGUUGCCAUGGAUACUUUUCCAUUAGUUACUUUCUCAUACACCGCCUUGCAUCUCAAAAUGAAAAGGGACAAAAGAGAUUCAGGUGGUGGCUAUGACGUGCGCCGAUAAAGAGAGUAUUAUGAGUGACAUGAUGCAACAAGAAAAUCCAGGAGGAAAAAUGUCUAAUUUUCCUGAUCAUUGAACUGAAUAUUGAGGAACAUGCAUAU